AAGUGAUUCUUCUUUCAUUGCCACCUUUUUCACGCAUACCCCACCCCCACCACUACCUACCCACCCACACCAUCCCCUAACUGAAAAAAAAGAAAAAAGAGCUGAUUAAAGUUGGGUUUUGUUCAUUUUAAAUUCUUGAAAUUUUAAAGGGUUUAACAGAAUGAUGGAGAAAAAUAAGGAAAAAGAAGAUAUGAGGAAUUCAAGAAGACAACUCAAAGCUAUGCUUAGAAAGAAUUGGUUACUCAAAAUUAGACACCCUUUUGUUACUUGUGCUGAGAUUUUACUCCCCACUCUAGUAAUGCUGUUGUUGAUUGCUGUGAGGAGUAAAUCUGAUAUCCGCAUCCACCCAGCUCAGCCGUAUAUUCGGAAAGGGAUAGGGAUGCUUGUGGAAGUUGGAAAAGGUGAUACUUCUCCCCCUUUCAACCAAGUUCUGGAGCUACUAUUGGCCAAGGAGGAGUAUUUGGCAUUUGCACCUAAUACAGCUGAGACAAGGACGAUGAUCAACAUUUUGUCUCUAAAAUUUCCCCUACUGAGGCUAGUUACCAGAGUUUACAAAGAUGAAGGAGAACUUGAAUCAUAUCUACGUUCGGAUCUUUAUGCUGCAUAUGACCAAAAUAAGAACAUUACAAACCCCAAAAUCAAAGGAGCAGUAGUAUUUCACGAGCAAGGUCCUCAGUUAUUUGAUUAUAGCAUACGCCUAAACCAUACAUGGGCUUUCUCAGGAUUUCCUGAUGUUAAUUCCAUAAUGGACACAAAUGGUCCGUUUCUGAAUGACUUGGCAUUAGGCGUCAACACCAUACCAAUUUUGCAAUAUGGUCUCAGUGGGUUUUUAACACUCCAACAAGUCAUGGACUCAUUCAUAAUAUAUGCUGCUCAAGAAACUAUGACAAACUCACUAAGGUUGCCCAGCGAAUAUCUUGAUUCAGAUUCCCAGCUCAAGAUACCAUGGACUCAGUUUAGUCCUUCAGAAAUAAGACUUGCUCCUUUUCCAACUCGUGAAUAUACAGAUAAUGAAUUCCAGUCCAUUGUCAAGAAAGUCAUGGGAGUGCUGUACUUGCUGGGGUUUCUUUAUCCGAUUUCUCGUCUAAUUAGUUACUCUGUCUUAGAAAAGGAGCUCAAGAUAAAAGAGGGUCUCUACAUGAUGGGUUUGAAAGAUGAAAUAUUCCAUCUCUCUUGGUUUAUAACAUAUGCAAUUCAGUUUGCUCUUUCUUCUGUGCUACUUACAGUAUGCACCAUGGGUACCCUCUUUGAAUACAGUGAUAAGACGUUGGUGUUCGUGUACUUCUUUUCCUUUGGCCUAAGUGGAAUAAUGCUCUCAUUUAUGAUUUCCACGUUCUUCACGAGAGCAAAAACUGCGGUAGCUGUCGGGACCCUUACUUUCAUCGGGGCAUUCUUUCCCUAUUAUACUGUCAACGACGAAACAGUCUCCAUGAUAGUAAAAGUGAUUGCUUCUUUUCUUUCACCUACGGCCUUUGCGUUAGGAUCCAUCAAUUUUGCUGACUAUGAACGUGCUCAUGUUGGACUCCGGUGGAGUAACAUGUGGCGGGAAUCUUCAGGAGUGUGCUUUUUGGUCUCUCUCCUGAUGAUGUUACUUGACAGUAUGUUAUACUUUGCAGUUGGUCUGUAUCUUGAUAAGGUCCUCCACAAGGAGAACGGAUUUUGCUACCCAUUGCGUUCCCUGCUUCAGAAGUGCUUUGGGAGGAAGAAAAAUAAUAGAGAUAUUUAUGCAUCCACCUCAGAAGUCAAGUUCGCCGAUAAUUAUGAUGAAACAAGUGGUACUGAUUUUAUAAAAGAUGUAUCAGGACCAACUCUAGAAGCAAAGAGCUUGGACAUGAAGCAGCAAGAAUCGGAUGGCAGAUGUAUUCAAAUCAGAAAUCUGCGAAAGGUGUAUGCUACAAACAGGGGAAGCUGUUGUGCUGUUAAUUCUUUACAACUGACUUUGUACGAGAAUCAGAUUCUGGCACUUUUAGGACACAACGGGGCUGGUAAAAGCAGUACAAUAUCCAUGCUUGUUGGUCUCAUUUCUCCUACUUCUGGAGAUGCUCUGGUGUUAGGGAAGAACAUCUUAACUGACAUGGAUGAAAUACGGAAGAGUCUGGGAGUCUGCCCUCAGUAUGAUAUUCUUUUCCCAGAAUUAACUGUGAAGGAACAUUUAGAAAUAUUCGCUGAUUUAAAGGGUGUUUCAGAAGACUCUAAAGAAAAGGCUGUGGCUGAAAUGGUUGAUGAAGUUGGAUUGGCAGACAAACUUAAUACUGUUGUUAAAGCUCUUUCUGGAGGUAUGAAAAGGAAGUUGUCCCUUGGGAUAGCUCUUAUAGGGAACAGUAAGGUUAUUAUUCUCGAUGAACCGACAAGUGGAAUGGAUCCAUACUCUAUGCGGUUAACUUGGCAGCUGAUCAAAAGAAAAAAGAAGGGAAGAAUCAUAUUACUUACAACACAUUCCAUGGAUGAAGCUGAUGUGCUAGGAGAUCGGAUUGCUAUCAUGGCCAAUGGUUCUCUUAAGUGCUGUGGAAGUUCAAUCUUCUUGAAACAUCAGUAUGGGGUUGGUUACACUCUCACUCUGGUUAAGACUGCGCCAGGUGCCUCAGUAGCUGCUGAUAUUGUUUACCGUCAUGUACCUUCUGCAACAUGCGUGAGCGAAGUUGCUGCAGAGGUUUCCUUCAAGCUUCCCCUAGCAUCCUCAUCUUCCUUUGAGAGCAUGUUUCGGGAAAUAGAGCGCUGCAUGAGAAGAUCCAACCCUAAAUUUGAAACAACAGACUAUAGAGAGGUUGGCAAUUUUAGCAUUGAGAGUUAUGGCAUAUCUGUCACAACUCUAGAGGAAGUGUUUCUGAGGGUUGCUGGUGGUGACUUCGAUCAAGCAGAGCUCGUUGAAGAGAAAACGGAUCCAAUUAUAUGUGAUUCUGCUGAUUUAAAAGUGUGCCAAACUAAUGCUUCAAAGAUAUUCUUCCCUUCCAAAUUAUGUGGAAACUAUUGUGGUGUCAUUUGGCUCAUGGUGACCUUAAUUGGUUCAGCUUGUAAUCUAAUCUGGGCUGCAGUUUCAAGUGUCAUUAGGGUUGUGACGAUGCAGUGCUGUUGCUGUUGUAUACUGUCAAGAUCUACGUUCUGGAAACACUCAAAAGCCCUACUUAUCAAGCGAGCGAAAUCAGCUCAAAGAGAUCGGAAAACAAUUGUUUUCCAGCUGUUAAUUCCUGCUUUCUUUUUGCUUCUUGGUCUGCUGUUUCUUAAGCUUAAGCCACAUCCCGACCAGCAGUCGGUCUUCCUCACGACCUCGUACUUUAAUCCUUUAUUAAGUGGUGGUGGUGGAGGUGGUCCCAUUCCUUUUGACCUCACCUUGCCUAUAGCAAAGGAGGUUGUCGACCAUGUCCAUGGAGGCUGGAUCCAAAAGUAUCAUGAGACAACAUACAGAUUUCCUGAUUCUACUAAGGCACUGAACGAUGCCAUAGAAGCAGCAGGAUCCACUUUAGGCCCUGUCCUACUUUCGAUGAGCGAAUAUCUGAUGUCUAGCUUUAAUGAAUCUUAUCAGUCGAGGUAUGGAGCGAUAGUCAUGGAUAAUCAGACUGGUGAUGGGAGCCUUGGGUACACUGUUCUAUACAACAGUUCUUGCCAGCAUUCUGCUCCAACAUUUAUCAAUUUGAUGAAUUCAGCAAUACUCAGGCUAGCUACAAAUCAUGAAAAUAUGACAAUUCGCACUCGUAACCACCCUUUGCCGCAGACAGCAAGCCAGCAUCAGCAACAUCAUGAUCUCGACGCCUUCUCUGCUGCAGUUGUAAUCGCUAUAGCCUUUUCUUUUAUUCCUGCCUCAUUCGCUGUAGCGAUUGUCAAGGAACGUGAAGUGAGAGCUAAGCAUCAACAGCUAAUCAGUGGGGUGUCUUUACUCUCAUAUUGGGUUUCCACAUAUAUAUGGGAUUUCAUCAGCUUCUUAUUUCCUACAUCUUUUGCAUUAAUCCUCUUUUGGAUAUUUGGUCUUGAGCAAUUUAUUGGAAAGGAUUCUCUCAUCCCAACAAUUCUGUUGUUUCUUGAAUAUGGACUAGCCAUUGCUUCAUCAACAUACUGCCUCACAUUCUUCUUUUCCGAGCACAGCAUGGCUCAGAAUGUUGUCCUCCUCGUCCAAUUUUUCACCGGCCUCAUUCUUAUGGUUCUAUCCUUCAUAAUGGGAUUUAUAAAUUCUACAACACACUUAAAUUCUCUGCUCAAGAACUUCUUUAGACUGUCACCGGGAUUUUGCUUUGCUGAUGGAUUAGCUUCAUUGGCUCUUUUAAGACAAGGGAUGAAGAAUGGAUCUAGAGAUGACGUUCUCGACUGGAAUGUGACUGGUGCUUCUAUAUUAUACUUGGCUGCUGAGGCCAUUGUGUAUUUCCUUUUAACUCUGGGGCUUGAAUUCUUGCCUCAACAAAAAAGGAGUCUUUCCAGAUUUCAUGAGUGGUGGAAAAACUUAGGAAAAUCUAGGCGUACUACUUCAUUUGGAUCUUCAGAACCUCUUCUGCGAGCAUCCUCAGGGGAUGCUACUUCUGAACUCGAUGAGGACGUAGAUGUUAAAGCAGAGAGAGACAGGGUUUUAUCUGGCUCAACUGAUAAUGCUGUUAUCUACCUCCGUAAUCUUCGGAAGGUUUAUCCUGGAGGGAAGUCCCAAGUUCCAAAAGCUGCUGUUCAUUCGCUGACUUUCUCUGUCCAAGAAGGAGAGUGUUUUGCGUUCUUAGGAACUAAUGGAGCAGGGAAGACGACAACGCUGUCAAUGCUAUCUGGAGAAGAAUACCCCAGUGAUGGAACGGCAUUCAUUUUUGGAAAAGAUAUACGUUCAGAUCCCAAGGUUGCUCGUAGGCACAUUGGAUAUUGUCCUCAGUUUGAUGCUUUACUAGAAUUUCUGACUGUCCAAGAACAUCUCGAGCUCUAUGCAAGAAUUAAAGGAGUAUCAGAGUAUGAUCUGGAAGAUGUUGUUAUGCAAAAGUUGCUCGAGUUUGACCUGAUGAAGCAUGCAAAUAAACCAUCCUUUGCCUUAAGCGGAGGGAACAAGCGCAAGUUAUCUGUUGCAAUUGCAAUGAUUGGAGAUCCUCCGAUUGUCAUUCUUGAUGAGCCAUCCACAGGUAUGGAUCCUAUUGCCAAACGGUUCAUGUGGGAAGUUAUAUCUCGUCUAUCAACUAGACAAGGAAAGACAGCUGUAAUUUUAACUACUCACAGCAUGAAUGAAGCUCAAGCUCUAUGUACAAGAAUUGGGAUAAUGGUUGGAGGCAGGUUGAGGUGUCUUGGUAGUUCUCAGCACUUGAAAACUCGCUUCGGGAAUCAUCUUGAACUAGAGGUUAAACCAGUUGAAGUCAGCUCUAUGGAUCUGGAAAAUCUCUGCUUAAUAAUUCAAGAAAGGCUAUUCGAUAUUCGUCCUCACUCUAGAAGUAUACUAAAUGACAUUGAAGUUUGCAUUGGAGGUACUAACUCUAUAGUCUCAGAAGACGUGUCGGCGGCAGAAAUAAGCUUAUCAAAGGAAAUGAUCAUGGCUGUUGGACGGUGGUUUGGCAAUGAAGAAAGGGUGAAAGCAUUAGUAUCGGCAACUGACGAUUCUUGUAAGAUUUUUGGUGACCAGUUGUCAGAGCAGUUGGCUCGUGAUGGUGGACUCCCGUUGCCGAUAUUCUGUGAGUGGUGGUUGGCUAAGGAGAAGUUCACCAAAAUCCAUUCAUUCAUUCAGUCUUCAUUUCCUGAUGCAACAUUUCAAGGUUGCAAUGGAUUAAGUGUUAAGUAUCAGUUGCCUUGUGGAGAAGGUCUUUCACUUGCUGAUGUUUUCGGGUACAUAGAGAGGAACAGAAACCAACUCGGGAUAUCAGAGUACAAUGUCAGCCAAUCUACGCUUGAAUCAAUAUUUAAUCAUUUAGCAGCAAGCUCCUGAAUACUACCACGUCUGAUGGCAUUGUUCCCCUCUUUUUUUUUUCCCGGUAGAAGAGGGUCUGCUUAUUCUGAAAGAUCGACAUAUUUUUUUCGGUACUGUCCAAUAACAUGGACAUAAAAGGUGUAAAUAUGCCCCGAAUGACAGACUGCUGAUGGCCUAAAUUUGUUCUUCUGGUUAUAUUCCCUACAUGUAACGGUUCUUUCACUCUGUACAGUACAUAUGAUCACAUUUAUCCUAAAAGCAUGUAGAUCAUGUUAUUGUACUCGAGUGUAGCACCAUGAGUUGGUAAUUGUGGGAAACUGGAGAGUGAUUUUUUUUUUCUGGUCA